AUGAGCGGUGUUGAACCUGAUGAUGGCUUGCUUGCCUACGGUAUACCUUAUCCGCCGGCUCUCGACGAUACAAUUACAUUCAGUGAUGGAAGCGCAGAGCCUGCUGACUGGGAAAUAUACGCGAAAUACUACGGUGCUAGAUUUAAGCCCGGCGGGAAUGGGUUUGACGUGCGGCUCAUCAACUUUAAUGAUCCCUCUGGAGAGGGAAAGUAUUUUGAAGAAGACUGGCCUUACGAGUAUCAGCUAGGGGCUCCAGAUGACAGGCCUGAUGGUUGGGAUCCGCCGAUUCAAAAAUGGGGCCUGAAACUACUAGAUGCAGCCGGGUUCAUCAACAAUCCGACACAGGAAGCCGUCUCGUACAUGGCACCUUACGGCAAAUGGGCACCUGAGAGACAAAAGUACGAUUUGUCGAGAGAAAACGUCCAUCCAGUGUUCAGAUGCGCCAUGUGGCCAAACAUUUCCCAACUACAAUACGCGGCGAUAAUGCCAGCCUUGCUUCUAGCAACCGCAUAUCUCGACGAUCCCAAGACAUUGUGCCUCUUCCAUGCGAUAUCUACUCCUUCCAGUCAGAUGACUCUCUUUCGCGAUGAAAAACUUGGGUAUUGCCAAAGAGUACAAAUUCCGGCCACACUAUCCGAAAUCGAGCAGAAGGCCGUGUUUGACAAGAUGGUUGCGAUGCGCGAAUACACAACCUUCAAUUGGGCAGACGACGAAGGACCAGAUACCGUGCACGCGAUUGCGUGGACAAGUCCACGUCUAGAUGCGAAAAGAAGAUACAUCCCUGCUUCAGGCCCGUAA